CUUUGACCGGCUCGGUCAAAGUCCUUAUAUUUUAAUCAUUUUCAAAGAUUAACUCGCAGACAUUAGUUGCCUGGAAAUUUUUAAAAUAAUUAUUGUUUGCAGUUUUGUUUUAAAAUGUCGUUCUCAAAACUACCAAAAGUUUUAACAUACAGUUCCAGAAAGUACAGUGUAAAACCGAACUUGAACGAUGUAGUAAUAAUUUCCGCAGCCCGCACUCCCAUGGGCUCAUUUCUUGGAUCACUUGCUCCAUUGUCUGCAACUAAAUUAGGAGCCAUUGCUGUAGAAGCUGCCAUUGAACGGGCUGGAGUCCCGAAAGAAGAAGUCAAAGAAGUGUACAUGGGCCAUGUUUGUCAAGGAGGUGCUGGUCAAGCACCAGCACGACAAGCUACACUCUUUGCUGGUUUACCAAAAUCAACUAUUUGCACAACAAUUAAUAAGGUUUGUGCUUCUGGCAUGAAGUCAGUAAUGUUUGGGGCCCAAGCAUUGCAGGCAGGCCAGCAUGAUGUUGUCCUUGCUGGUGGUAUGGAAUCCAUGUCAAAUGUGCCAUAUUAUAUGAAAAGGGGCCAAACACCAUAUGGUGGAGUGUCUUUGCAAGAUGGUGUUGUAGCUGAUGGUUUAACUGAUGUCUAUAACAAGUUUCACAUGGGCAACUGUGCAGAAAACACAGCUAAAAAAUUAGGAAUCAGUAGGCAACAACAGGACGACUUUGCUAUUAACAGUUACAAACGAAGUGCUGAGGCAUAUAAAAAUAAUGCUUUUGCCGCCGAGUUAGUUCCAGUUAAUGUUCCACAGAAACGGGGUCAACCAGAUUUAAUAUUUGCAGAGGAUGAGGAAUACAAAAGGGUAAACUUUGAGAAGUUUGGCAAGUUGGCGACAGUUUUUCAACGCGAUAAUGGCACAGUGACAGCGGGAAAUGCGUCUACCUUGAAUGACGGAGCUGCCGCUUUGGUUUUGGCCACCGCAGAUGCUGCUAAAAGAUUGAAUGCUAAACCUUUGGCCAGAAUUGUUGGAUUCCAAGAUGGUGCUUGUGAUCCAAUUGAUUUUCCAAUUGCUCCAGCCACUGCUAUCCCUAAACUAUUGGAAAACACAGGUGUGAAAAAGGAUGAUGUGGCACUGUGGGAAAUCAAUGAAGCUUUUAGUGUGGUUGUUGUCGCCAAUCAGCAAUUAUUAGAUUUGGAUCCAAGCAAAAUCAAUGUACAUGGUGGGGCUGUAAGUCUGGGACAUCCAAUUGGUAUGUCAGGAGCUAGAAUAAUUGUGCAUUUAGUACAUGCAUUGAAAGCAGGUGAAAAAGGGGUAGCAUCCAUUUGUAAUGGAGGUGGUGGUGCUUCAUCUAUUAUGAUUGAAAAGCUAUAUGACCCAUUACCUAAGAAUCAAUUGCCCAAGUUGACCUUGUACACCAGAGACCCAUGCCCACUAUGUGAUGAUUUGAAACAAGAAUUAGAACCAUACAAACACAGAUUCGAAUUUGAAACUGUUGACAUAUCUAAGAAGGAGAACGUUAGGUGGCUUAGACUAUACAGAUAUGAAAUACCUGUGCUCUUUUUAAAUGGAGAAUAUUUAUGUAAACAUAUGCUAAAUGAAGGUUUGCUAAGAAUGAAAUUGAAAGAAAUAGAAGCAAGAAAAUAAAAUAUAUGGGGCCUUAGGAAUAACAGUUAGGGUAUUUUCUCCAGGAAAGAUUCAUAGAUGAAUAAAUCCUACUUAAACUUAAGUUCUGUAGGGAAAUAUUUUGAACUAUAUACUGAGCUCAAAUGGUGUAAAAAUGGAAAGUAACAUUUUAUAUUUUGAAGCAGUGACAAAUUGUCAAUAAUUGUUCUACAGCAUCUUAACUAAGGAGUCACAGUUAAAAACUAUAUUUAUGACAAAAAUAUUACGAUUUAAUUAAAUUAAUAAAAAGUUAAUAACCAAAAUAUGAAUGGUCAAAUUUGAGAUUUUAUUUUAGUUUCAAUCAAAUAUUUUGUGUAAAAUUUGUUGGAAAUAGUUUUCUUAACUUACAAAGUUAAAUUUAUUUGUUGUUUACUGAAAUGGGUACCUCUUAUGAGACUUUACAACCUUUGUAACUCUUUUAUUCCUUAAAAUACCUUAAUAUUCAUAAAAAUUGUUUAUCCAAUAUUGUUAGUAGAACAAAACAUCUUAUAUCUUUAUAUUAAAGUGAUUAUUAAGAUUUUUGGGUUUAAAAUAUUCGAUUUAAGAAAUUAAAAUGGUACAUUGUUGCAAUAUUUAAAUCUUUCGGCUUUCUAACGUUAAUUUUAAUAAACUACUACUAUUAUCUGCAACAAAUUAAUGAUAAACAAUUUAAAUUCUCAACAAUUUUUUUGAAGGACUUAUGCCAAUUGACCUAUUAAUAAAAUCUUAAAAUAACUUAACUUUUAAUUAACAGAAGUUUGGUUAAACUGCAAUAUUUUGGGGUCAUAAGUAUAAUAUUUAACUAUGACUCAUUAGUCCCUGUAUUAAAAAAUUCAAAAAUAUAUGUAUCAAGAAUUAUAAGUUUAAGAUGUAACACUAUAAAUAUCAAGAAUAUAAAUAUUGUAUUAAUCUUUGUAAUUCGCAAGUACAAAAUAUUGUUUGUCAAUAUUUUUAAACAACUGUAUUGUAUUUUUUAAUACAAAUUGUAUAAUAAACACUA